AUGGAUCAGCAACAACAAUCCAAUAAGGCCCAUAGAGGAGCCACUAAAAAGACAGGGGCCAAGAAGAAACUACAUCAAAAUGGUCAAAAUAAAAAGGCUUUUGCUGUAGCAGCACCAAGAAAGUUGGAAAGAAUGGCAAGACGAUCUCAUGAUGUUAAUGAAAAAAAAUUACAUGUACCUAUGGUAGAUAGAACACCAGAUGAUGAUCCACCACCUGUGAUAGUUGCGGUUGUUGGACCACCUGGAACUGGUAAAUCUACUUUAAUCAAAUCAUUAAUAAGAAGAUUAACUAAAACUACAUUAAAUGAUAUAAAUGGUCCAAUUACAGUUGUAAGUGGUAAAAGAAGAAGAUUAACUUUUAUUGAAGUAAAUAAUGAUUUAAAUUCAAUGAUUGAUGUUGCCAAGAUUGCAGAUUUAGUUUUAUUAUUAAUUGAUGGAAAUUAUGGAUUAGAAAUGGAAACUAUGGAAUUUUUAAAUAUUGCACAACAUCAUGGUAUGCCUAGAGUAUUAGGAGUUGCAACUCAUUUAGAUUUAUUUAAAUCACAAUCAACUUUAAGAACUUCAAAAAAGAGAUUAAAACAUAGAUUUUGGACUGAAGUUUAUCAAGGUGCAAAAUUAUUUUAUUUAUCAGGUGUUAUGAAUGGUCGUUAUCCAGAUCGAGAAAUUUUAAAUUUAAGUAGAUUUAUAUCAGUUAUGAAAUUCCGACCUUUAAAAUGGAGAAAUGAACAUCCUUAUUUAUUAGGUGAUCGUAUAACUGAUUUGACUCAUCCACAAUUAAUAACAGAUAAUCCAAAAUGUGAUAGAAAAGUUGCCAUAUAUGGUUAUUUACAUGGUACUCCGUUACCUUAUAAAGACGCAAAUAUUCAUAUUGCAGGAGUUGGAGAUUAUAAAGUUUCAAAUGUUGAAAAAUUACCAGAUCCUUGUCCAACACCAUAUUUUGAACAAAAAAUUGAAGAAAUAGAAAGAGAAAGAAUAAAAGCAGCAGCAGAACUGGGUGAACCGCUUGCUAAAACUACAAGAAGAAGGAAAAGAUUAGAAGAUAAACAAAAAAUCAUAUAUGCACCAAUGUCAGAUGUUGGUGGAGUUUUAGUUGAUAAAGAUGCAGUUUAUAUUGACAUUGGUGGUAAAGAAAGUUUCAAUAAUAAUGAACCAUCUGAUGAACCAAGAGGUGAAGGAGAAACAAUGGUGACUGAUUUACAAGAUGUUACUAAAACAAUGAGUGAAAGAUUUGAAGAUGGUCCUGGUUUACAAUUAUUUUCAAAUUCAAAUGUAAUAAAAGAAAUAGAUGAUGAGGAGGAUGAAAGUGAAGAAAAUGGUCUUCUAUCAGAUGAUGAAGAAACGAUAGUGGAUACAGGAAGAACAUCUUUGAGAAAAGCUAGAGUUUAUGGGAAAUCAAUAUCUGAAGAUGAUGAAUUUGAUGAUAUAGAAUCUGGUGAUGAGGAAGAAGAAGAAGAUUUUGAUGAAGAUGGUGAACCAAGAUUGGUGGAAGUAGAUUUUGACAGCAAUAAAUAUAAUGAUAAAGAAUUGGAAUAUGUGGAAGAUUCUGCUUUAUCAUCAGAUGAGGAAGAUAAUAAUUCAUUAAAGGCAACAGCAGCAAGAUUGAAAGGAUCUACUAAAAGGAAAUGGGAUAUAAAUAAAUUAAUUUACAUGACAAAUGUUGAUCCAUCGGACGUUUUAAAAAGAUGGAGAGGAGAAGUUGAUGAUGAUGACGAAGAAGAAGAAGAUAUUGAAAAUGAUGAUGAAGAUUUUUUCAAAAAGAGAAGCAUAAAAGAAACCAGUGAAGACUUAGAUACUUUUAAACCCAAAUUUCCAUCGCUAGAGGUCUUAAAAUCUAGAUUCAAUCCAGAUGCAGGUAGCGAUGAUGAGUAUGAAAAUGGGUACAGCAUUUUAAAAGAAAGACUAUUAACUGCUCCUCAGCUAAAUGAUGAUGAUGAGGAGGAAGGGGAUGGUAAAUCGAAAGGUGGUGAUGAUGAUGAAGAAGACGAAGUUUAUGGUGAUUUUGAAGAUUUAGAGGAUGAAAAUGGGACUUCUGCUAAUGGUUCAUCAGUAGGUAAUAAGGUAGAAGCUGAAGCUGAGGAUGAUUUUGCAGAUUUUGAUGCAGAAGAAGAAAAAGAAGGUGAUAGUGAUAAUAAUGAAGAAGAUGAAGAAGAAAACGAAAAUAUGACUGUUGAAGAGAGGAGAAGGUUAAAUGCUGCUAAAAAAGCAAAAUUGAAAACUCAAUUCGAGGAAGAAGAAGAUCGAGAGUUUGGAGCAGAUGAUCCAGAAGGUGAUACUGAAGCAGAAACAUGGUAUGAAUUUCAAAAAAAUAAAAUGGCCAAACAAUUGGAAAUUAAUAAAGCACAUUAUGAGGAAAUGGAUCAACAACAACGUUUAAAAAUUGAAGGUUAUAAAGCUGGUUCUUAUGUUAAAAUAGUUUUCAAUAAUUUACCUUGUGAAUUUGUUGAAAAUUUUACACCUGAAUAUCCUUUAGUCCUUGGAGGAUUAUUACCUACUGAAAUGAGAUUUGGUAUUAUGAAUGCAAGAGUUAGAAGACAUAGAUGGCAUAAAAAGAUAUUGAAAUCACAAGAUCCGUUAAUUUUAUCAUUGGGAUGGAGAAGGUUUCAAACUUUACCCAUUUACACAACAUCAGAUUCAAGAACUAGAAAUAGAAUGUUGAAAUAUACACCUGAACAUGCUUAUUGUUUUGCUUCAUUUUAUGGACCAUUAGUUGCACCUAACACAACAUUUGUUGGGUUCAACAUUGUUGACAACAAAUCCACAACAGGAGCUUUUAGAGUUGCUGCAACUGGUAUUAUAGAAGAUUUGAAUUCAUCAGUUGAAAUAGUGAAAAAAUUGAAAUUAGUAGGUUAUCCCUAUAAAAUUUAUAGAAACACAGCAUUUAUUAAAGAUAUGUUUUCAAAUGCAUUAGAAGUUGCAAAAUUCGAAGGUGCUCAAAUCAGAACAGUUUCAGGAAUUAGGGGUGAAAUUAAAAGAGCAUUAUCUAAACCUGAUGGUUAUUUCAGAGCUACUUUUGAAGACAAAAUUUUAAUGUCAGAUACAAUUUUCUUAAAGACUUGGUAUCCAAUUAAAAUCAAAAAAUUUUAUAAUCCAGUUACAUCAUUGUUGUUAAAUCAUCAUUCCGAAUGGAAAGGUAUGAGAUUAACUGGUCAAGUGCGUGCAGCUAAUGACAUUGCAACACCAUUACAAUCAGAUUCUCAAUAUAAAAAAAUUGAAAGAGUUGAAAGAAGAUUUAACCCACUUCGUGUACCAAAAUCAAUUAAAAGUGAUCUUCCAUUCAAAUCACAAAUUCAUGAAAUGAAACCACAAAAGAAACAAACUUAUUUAAAUAAAAGAGCUGUAGUAUUAGGUGGUGAAGAAAAGAAAGCAAGAGAAUUGAUUCAAAAAAUUAAUACUAUAAGAAAAGAAAAAGAUGUUAAACGUAAAACUAAAAAAGAUGAGAAAUUUAAAGAUAAGUUAAAGAAAAUUGCAAAGACUGAAGAAUUAAGGAAACAAAAGGAAAGGGAAAGAAAGAAAGAAUAUUUCGCUAGAGAAGGUAAAAAAAGAAAAAACAAUGAUGAUGGUGGUCAGGCUCAUAAAAAGAGGAGAUAA